AUGCAUUUCUCAACACUUAUCAUCGUCGCCGUCUCUCUCGUUGCCACAAAUGCAACUCCACUCCCCAAAAGUAAUGGUGUAGCUGCUUUGGACAGCUCAGUGAGUACCAGAGGGCUGGAAACCGACGCCUCGGUCUAUGUCUUGGAGGAAAGAGAUGCAUCAAGUGAGCUACUGCGACGAAAGGGUGCAAAAGCUCCGAAGAUUCCAAAGCCUGCGAAGCCAGUGACCGCUCCUGAACCUCCAAAGGCACCAGAACCCGCGAAGCCAGUCACUGCCCCAGAGCCCCCAAAGGCGCCAGAACCUGCAAAAGUUCCAGAAACUCCAAGCACUCCGGAACCAGCAAAGGUGCCAGAACCUGCUAAAGUCCCAGCGACACAAAAUGCACCAGAUGCUCCCAAACCAACUCAACCCGCUCAAGAGGCACCAAAGGCAACUCAAUCAGCUCAGGAACCACCGAAAGCAACACAGUCUGCUCAGGACGCCCAAACAGCUUCAGCCGCUCCGCCAGCUCAGAACACUCAAUCCGCUCAAGACGGUAAGACAGCUUCGGUUGUUCCACCAGCAACUCAGUCCGCUCAAGAUACUGCGGCAGUUGUCAACACUCAAUCUGCUGUAAACACGCAAUCCGCCCAGGAUCCUCAGUCGGCUUCUGCCGCUCCACCAGCAACUCAGUCUGCUCAAGAUGCUUCGGCAGCUAUCAACACUCAAUCCGCUGUGGAUACUCAAUCUGCUGUCGACACCCAAUCCGCUGUGGACACUCAAUCUGCCGUCAACACUCAAUCCGCCCAAGACUCUCAGACAGCUUCGGCCGCGCCAGCAACUCAAACCGUUCCAGCAAUCUCGUCAGCUGCCACUGCUCAGACAGCUUCGGCUCCUGCUGCGACUCAGUCCAAAACCGGAGUCGCAAAUGGUCUUGAAGUGGUAGGAGAAUCUCUUGAAGCCGCGGCCGCGGCCGCUCAACUGGCAGCUUUGGCGCAAGCGCAAGCAGCGGCUCAAGGUACCGUUGCAGAUACUACCGUAGCUGAACCCGCGGCUACUACUCAGGUUCCUGUCGAGACUGGCAUUUUUGCCAAUUCUACUGUAGCUGCCGGUACCUUAUCAGCUGCUGUGGAGCCCGUUGCAGUACCAACUGCUACAUUGUUGUAA